UGACUCCCGCCCCCAGUGCCCUCGGCUCCACUUCCUGUCUGCUAUAACUUCACUGUUCAUCAUAACCAACACAGCAGGGUAGUGUUCACACAGCGGCUGAUGAACACAAAGCUGCCUGGGACUGAUCAUGACACAGCAGGAGCAGCAGGAGUUCACAGAGAGCCUGGAGGCGGCCCUCUCCUGGAUGCGGGCCAUCCAGGAGAGGCUGAAGGCCAAUGACAAUACCCAGGGGCCCCGUGAUGCCCUGGAGAGCCGACUCAGGGAAACAGAGAAAAUCCAUCAGUCGGAGCAUGAGGGUCGUGUGAAAAUGGACAUGGCGCUGGUGGCAGCUGAGAACCUUUUGCAGAGCGGAGACGAAGAGCUGAGGAACCAGACCCACGCUAAGCUCAAAGAUCUGAAGAGCCUGUGGGAGGAGACCUGCACUUAUAUCAUCCACUGUCACAGUCGCAUAGAGUGGGUGUGGCUCCAUUGGGGUGAGUACCUGAAGGCCUAUGAGGAGUUUGAGCUGUGGCUGACAAGGCAGCAGCGCAGUCUGGAUGUUGGGGUGGAGCUGCAGCUGGGGGUGAAGGAGAAGCUUUGGCAGGUGGACCAGCAGAGGGUAGUGGUGAGCGACAUCCACGGCCAGGCGGCAUUGCUGGAGAGGCUGCUGGACGAGGCUGCCGCACUGUACAACAGAACCCAGGACCCCAGUGUGGAGCCCCAGGCUCAGGAGAGGCUGCAGGAGGCCUACAACGAUGUCCGUGACAGAGCUGAGGAGCGCCUGUCGCUGCUUCAGAAGAUCGCUGAGGAGCACCAGACGUACCAAGGAUGCGUUCAAAAGUUCCAGUCCUGGCUGCUGUCAAAAACCAAGGAGCUGACUGAUCUGAUGGAGAGGGAGGAUACAGCCGAGAACAAGCUCAAAGCCUUACAAGCUCUGGACGAUAGCGUGGCUGGCGAGGAGAAGACCCUGCAGCAUAUCGAGGGAGCAGCAGAGGCGGUGAGGGCCAACACUUCUCCUGCUGGGGCAGAGGUGGUGGUGGAAGAGGCUGAGGAGCUGAGGCUCGGCUGGCAGAGGCUGAGGCAGGGCCUGUGUGAGGCUGAUGAGGGUCUGCGCUCCAGCCUGGACUCCCACAGUCAGUACAUGGCCAGAUGCCAGCGGCUGGGAGAAGACAUCAGCCAUCUCAGGAUGCUGCUUCAGGGGCUGGACAACGAACUGGAGGAAGGACGCGGGGCUAAGGAGCGCACUGACCGGACCGAGGAGCAGAUGGUGGGCCAGUGGAGGAAAUACACAGGUGUGAGGAAUACUCUGGCAGGGGAGGAGUCCCAAGUGGAACUGCUCAAGGCUCAGCUCAAGGAGCUCUUCAGGUUCUCAGAGGACUCGCGCCACCUUUCUGAUGAUGUCCUGGCUGUUGUCAAAGAACAUCAGAGUGUGAAAUGCAGAGCGACGAGGCUGUGUUCAGAGUCAGAGUCAGGCCUGAGAAACAUCCUCCAGGACCCGCUGCUGGUCUAUGCACAGUGGAGCCACAUGGUGUCUCAGGUUCUAGAGGCCUCUGCUGAGGUUACUGACUUCUCCCACAUUGCCAUGUUGGUCCAGAACAUAGAGCGUCUGCUGAAGGACAGCGUUCAGCUGCAGGAGCGUCUCAGUCUACUGCAAGUGAAGGGGGACCUGCUGGAAUCUGUGUUUGGUCCCGACAGGUCUGACGGCCUGCAGAGCGAGCUGAGUUCUGCCAUCCGGAACAGAGAGCUGCUGCACACUCAACUGCUGCAGAGGAAGAGCAGGCUCCAGGGCUUAAUCUCAAGAACCAAGGACUUCGGUGACGCCUAUGAGUUGAUUCGCUCCAAGCUGGCCGGUCUCCGGGACCAACUGGUGGCAGCUGACGGCCUGCAGCCUGACAUCCUGGCUAAGAAAAGCCAGUCAGACCAGUUCAGGGUGAUCCAGAAAGACCUGGAAGACUGUGAAGCCCAUAUCACAGCGCUGGAGACUCUGGUCUCAUCCAGUCAGAGCAACAGGACUCAGUUUGAGAGGCUCUAUGCUGAUUGGAAACAUCUGUACAAGGCAGCUAGGGUGAAGGUGCAAGAGAGUGAGGAUAGCAUCGCAGACCACGAGAGCUUCCAUGACAGUCUGCUCAACAUUGAGAAGUGGCUGAUGAUCAUGAAGCAGAAGCUGGAGUCCUUCCACGGCCCCUCAGGAGAGUGGAGCAUAGAGGGCCGCCAGCAAGAAGCUGAGAGAGCACUGGGAGAGUUUCCAGAAAAGGAGCUCCAGCUGCAGCAGAUGGAGGUCCAGGGUCAGGGGGUUUUGGAGAGGACUUCAGAGGAGGGACAGGUCCACAUUCUACGAGACAUUAAGCGCCUACGAGAGUCAUGGUUGGCUCUGUACAAUAUGAGUCUCAACCUGCACAGGCUGCUGAACAGCUCCACAGAGCAGACUGAGUCUGACUUAUGGAGAGUUGAAGGCCCGUCUGCAGACAACACAUCUGGGCCACGAAGAGGAGGAAGCCUGGAGGCAGAGGCAGGAGAGGGGGUGAUGAUGGGGCAGGGUGGGUGGAUCCAAGGCCAUGGUGAAGGUCACCCCAUUCUGUCUGGACAGGAUAAUAAACAUCUCAGCCCAUCAAGGACAGGCGAGGACAGUGGACGCUCCUUUAAAGGAGAAACAGUACAUUCUUCUGCAUGGAGCUUUUUUGGCAGAGCACGACAGAAAGUUACCAAAGACUCCACUGCUGAUGGAAGCCCCGACAGUGAGACAUCUGCAGUGGGUGGCAGCAGCAUUUUGGCCGGAGACACAGGGGGUGCAGCACUGACCACAAAGGUCAGCUAUGGUGAGGGGCGCAGAACAAGUUCUGGUGAAGGCAGUGUGGAGGCAGGAGAAGGCCUGAGCCCAGGAGGAGGAGCGUUCACGCUGUUCAGAAGGGAAGCUUCCAAACAACCAUCAACAACACCGACGCAUCAAACAUUGGGGGGCAUGGGACAGUCCAGAUCCAGGAGGAGGGAGUUUGAGGCCUGGCUGUCCAAAGAGAAUGAACUCCUCUCAGGGAUCCUCAGCAUGAAGGGAGCAUCACUCAGCGCCAAACAACUCAAGAUCCGACAGGACACGCUUCAGGCUCUGAGGGCAGGACUGACCUGGGGUCAGGAGCAGUUCCAGCUGUUGCUCCAGGAGAGUCAGGGCAGUGAGGCUGGUUCUGGACCAGCAGAAGAUGUGGAUUUGGAGGAACUUCGCUACCGCUGGAUGCUCUACAAGUCCAAACUGAAGGAUGUGGGAGACGUCAGGGUCAGGGCCAGCGCCAAGAAACUCCAAGUCAAACAAGAGGAGCCGGCCAUCACAGCAAAGGCGCAAAAGAAGCCCGGCUUGUGUCAGCGUGUGUGUCGGUAUGCUCUUCCUCUGUGGCUCCUCCUCCUGGCUCUGCUGCUCCUGGCCUUCCUGCUGCCCCUCAUGGAUGAAGGCAACAGCUGCUCCCUCUCCAACAACUUCGCCCGGUCCUUCAACAUCAUGCUGCGAUACGACGGACCCCCACCCACAUAGGAAAACACCUUUGGAUAGAGUAAUGUUACAUCUCACUCUCUACUGCAGCUUCUGAUGUUAUAAUUGGCCUUGGCUUAUGUAGGAAUGUUGACCUCUGACCUCCGAUCACCAUGACUGUAACAAACCAAAAACAGGACCACAACCUUCAGUUUAAUCUAAAGGCUUUGCAACAAAUCUAAUACUCAUUUUAAAAAUGACUCAUCUAACUAAUAGCUUUGCUAACACCAGUGAAUCAGUGACACAAUUUUCCUCCUUUAAUAUCACCUCUACUAUGGACCACAAUCUGUGAAGGAACCACAACUGAGAAUAGCACGCACAUCUGCAUGCAACAAAUCCCACAAUUCUCUGAUGCUUCUACACAUUCGGAACCUCACAGUCCAUGAUUCUUUGCUGUUAAAAAUCAUGAUCUUUUAACUAUCAAACAACUAUCAUGAAGAAUAAAGUCCUGUAGGACUACAAGUCCAGCGCUCAUUAUAAAUAUUUCACAGUAUUAUAAGCAUUCUGUACAAGCUUAUACAUCCUAUAACCAAAGUCAUUUUUCUGCAAUCUAUCAGCAUCAUGAGAUUCUAACAUCUUAAAUAUGGUAGUCAGCUUUUAUCUAACGGAGAUGAAAUUAUGUUCAUCUGAACUUUAAAUAACUUUGCUCGUUUAUAAUCACCAAUAUAACCUGUUAGAGAUGCUUGGUAGAAGUCACUUUACAGCAGCCAGAUGUUACAAUCAUGGAAAAAAAACAA